AUGAGAGCUAGUCCAAACCUCCCGUUCGCUCGUAAAUCCUCUCACGAUCGCCUCUCAACUCCAUCCCUUGAUCUUGAUCCCCGCACUACAACCCCCGCGACCUUCUUUCUAUCCCACGAUCCGCAUGUCGCAGACCAAGAAUCUAGUAUAAUCCUAGAUAGUCACAGUGAUGCCAAAGAGACGAUGUACGGGGUACAAAGUCUGAAUGAUACUCUAUCCCAAUCGGAAAUCACAUCCUCUCCCCGCCAUCAUCCCGAGGCCAACUUGAAGCAGGUACCAGACGAUUUAGAUUCACACCUUGCACAGCGCCGGUCAACGUUGAAGUCUUCGAACCCAGCCACCGGGGACCUCUCCGGGCACGCAUCUCCCAAUUAUGCUUUAUCGCGGCCCUUGACCCCGCUCACUUUGGGCCUCCCCGACGACCCAUCGUCGCUGCCCAGCAGCCCUAGAUCUAUAUCCAUUCAGUCAAUGCGGCCACUCGAUGAUAUCUCCAUCACAGAUGAAAUCAAUAGUCAGGCUGUUGCAUCUGGCGACGAGGAGGAGAGGGUCCAUGAGUCUCCACGUGUGGCCCCGGGUGGGGCCUCCCAACUUAUCAUGCCAAGUAUCAAAAUGCCUAGUCGGCGGCCGUUCACGGAGCGAGGAAAAGCCAUGGGCCGGUUCAAAAUUCUGCUAGCCGGUUCUUCUGGUUCUGGCAAAACAUCGUUGAUCAAAUCGAUUGUCCAGACAUGCGACGAUAUUGUACAUGUCGACACCAUCCCACAGGUGACUGCCUUGGAGCGCCGCAGACCUUCUCGACCCCGAUCUCGGGGAAAAUUGAAUCCUACUACAGAGAUUUACGCCAGCACCAAACCUUAUCCUUCAUGGUGGUCGGAUUUGGAGGAUUCGCGCGUGCUCCAGCGUCGGAAAAGCAUCGGCGAAAUUGUGCUCGAAAGAAACCUCUGCUUUGUGGACACGCCCGCCACCAACCUAAGUAGCGAAGGCCAGACGGACGCUAUCGGACAAUAUAUGAGAGAGCAAUUUCUCCGUGCUACCAAUGCCCUCCACGGGUCGGGUGUCGAUUUCCAAAACCUGCUAGCCGGGAACGGUGGAUCCCAAGUGGAUGCCAUCCUCUAUUUGAUUUCUACUGAUACCCUCACAGCGGAUGUGGAAUGCAUCCGCAAGCUCGGCGAGCUGAGUAAUGUCAUUCCAGUCAUAACCAAAGCAGACACACUUACCCCAGACCAAAUCACUACGUUAAAACGCCGCUUCCACGAACGAACUCGGGAGGCUGGUAUCAAACUUGCCCUCUUCGGCGACCCGCCGAACGGCAUGGAUGGGCUAGAAUCACAACCCCCAUAUGCCGUCUCCUCCGAGAAGGUAAUCGACACAGAGACAAUGGAUGCAAGCACCCUAAUGAGCCCAGACUACGUCCAACCACUCGUAUCCUCCGAGCUAGAAGUCUUGGUCAACAGACUGUUCGACCGCGACAACCUAGCCUGGAUGCGUCAUUCCGCCGCAAAGAAACUCAUCCAGCAACGCACCAGUUCGUUUUCCCUGCCACAGCCAAUGCCGUCAUUCAGUGCGCAGCCGGGUCAGACCCCAUAUGGAUCCGCAUCUGUAUCUAGCAGCUGGCAGUCCAUCUCCGGAUCAUCCCUUCCACCCGGCUCCCCACCCGGAUAUGCGAUGGCCCGCAUUGCAGACUAUACCAGACACGAAGAGCGCAUGGCGCAGGUCCGCCUCGCGCAGUGGGCGACAGACCUACAGCGCAGUCUGCAGAACGAGCGCGAUCGCUAUGCCUCACUCUCUCGGGGCGAGCGCGCCAUAUGGCUCACCGAGCGGCUGGGCGAAUGUGUCGUCGACGGCUCGCUCGUGCCUCUAUCUCAGACGCCUGGCUUCUGCAGUUUCCAUGGCACUACGAGAGAAAAAGGCCCUAAUGGAUUCCAAGCCUUGCGUCCGCAUGCUGGAUCUGGGUCUGGGUAUCGUGCUUCGGGCUUUAGUCCGCAUGACCCGCUGGGCGUGGUUGGAUGGAUUGACGAUCUCGGGCAUCGGAGUUGGGUGCUUGUUCAGAUUGUUGGGAGUGUGGGGGUUGUUGGGGGGUUGGCGCUUUGGCUUGCCCGUACUUGGGGUUUGCCGCCUCGCAAUCUUUCAGAUCUAAGGGUUGAUUACUGGUGUGGUACUAUGGAA